ACGGGACGCAGGGCAGAGCGCGCAGUGAGCCCCUGCUGGGUGGAGAGACUCCCGCCGGCAGCGCCGCGCCCUCCUCGGGAACGGGCUCUGAGAGAGCUGCUGAAGAGUCAGGGACUUGGAGGAACAAGACAUGUGUUUUCAGCUGCGUCUUAGAAGGGGAAAAUUCCCUGUCAUCACCCUAGAGGCAACGACCCUGAAAUGUGACUGCGAUUGACUGGCAAGGCAGAGGCCUGGGUGUCUCGGGGUUGAAGACUUAGUAUAUACUAAACAGCCAGCAUUUUCCUUGAGGGAAUCUAGGAUGAGCUGGUACCGGUGCCAGUGACCUGGAGGAAGGGAGUCGGAAGACGACCGUAAAAAGCAAAAGAGACCUUGCCCAGGGCUGACGCCGAUUGCCAAGGGGAAGCUCCUGCCACAAACGCUUGCCAUCCCCCGAGGGAAUGCUGGUGAGGUCCUCUACCCUAGGGAGCAGCUGGGGCUGGGCCUGGGCUGCCCGAGAACCCUCCCGGAAGUCGGAUUGACCUCCUAUCCUUGCUUCCUACUUGAGGGGCAUUAAGCCCUGAUGUGCAUUCCUUCUGGAAGAUGACUCUGAACACCUCCAGUAUGGAUGAGGCUGGUCUGGUCGUGGAGAGGGACUUCUCCUUCCGCAUCCUUACAGCCUGUUUCCUGUCACUGCUGAUCCUGUCUACUCUGCUGGGGAACACCCUGGUCUGUGCUGCUGUCAUCAGGUUCCGACACCUGCGGUCUAAGGUGACCAACUUCUUCGUCAUUUCCUUAGCUGUGUCAGAUCUCCUGGUGGCUGUCUUGGUCAUGCCCUGGAAAGCUGUGGCUGAGAUUGCUGGCUUUUGGCCCUUCGGGUCCUUCUGUAACAUUUGGGUAGCCUUUGACAUCAUGUGCUCCACCGCAUCCAUCCUUAACCUCUGUGUGAUCAGCGUGGACAGGUAUUGGGCUAUCUCCAGCCCCUUCCAAUAUGAGAGGAAGAUGACCCCCAAGGCAGCCUUCAUUCUGAUCAGUGUAGCAUGGACUUUGUCUGUUCUCAUCUCCUUCAUCCCUGUGCAGCUGAGCUGGCACAAGGCAAAACCCACAAGCCCCUCUGAUGGGAAUGCUACUGUCCUGGAAGAGACCGCAGACGACUGUGACACCAGACUGAGCAGGACAUAUGCCAUUUCAUCCUCCCUAAUAAGCUUUUACAUCCCAGUGGCCAUCAUGAUUGUGACCUAUACCAGUAUCUACAGGAUUGCCCAGAAACAAAUACGGCGCAUCUCAGCCUUGGAGAGGGCAGCUGUGCACGCCAAGAAUUGCCAGACCACCGCAGGUAACGGGAACCCUGUCGAAUGUUCUCAGUCAGAGAGCUCUUUUAAGAUGUCCUUCAAAAGAGAGACUAAAGUUUUGAAGACUCUGUCCGUGAUCAUGGGGGUGUUUGUAUGCUGUUGGCUCCCUUUCUUCAUCUCGAACUGUAUGGUGCCCUUCUGUGAGUCAGGGGAGACCCAGCCCUUCUGCAUUGAUUCCAUCACGUUUGAUGUGUUUGUGUGGUUUGGGUGGGCUAAUUCUUCCUUGAACCCCAUCAUUUAUGCCUUUAAUGCUGAUUUUCAGAAGGCAUUUUCAACCCUCUUAGGAUGUUACAGACUUUGCCCUACAACAAAUAAUGCCAUAGAGACAGUCAGCAUCAACAACAAUGGGGCUGUGGUGUUUUCCAGCCAUCACGAGCCACGAGGCUCCAUCUCCAAGGAAUGCAAUCUGGUUUACCUGAUCCCACAUGCGGUAGGUUCCUCUGAGGACCUGAAAAAGGAGGAGGUGGGGGGAAUAGCCAAACCCCUGGAGAAGCUGUCCCCGGCCCUAUCAGUCAUAUUGGAUUACGACACUGAUGUCUCUCUAGAGAAGAUCCAACCCAUCACACACAAUGGACAGCACCCAAGCUGAACUCCUAGAUGAAUCCUGGCAUGCAAAAAGCUCAAGGAGAUUUCUUUGGGACUUGCUGCUAGAAAUCAAGGUCUGGUGAGAUAGUGAGAUGUCAGGAGAGCCAUCUGCUGCUUUCAAACAGACAACUAAGUAUAUUUUCAAAUACAUUCCAGUGUAUUUUCUGUUAUUCAUAGCCCAUCAAACAGGGACAUAUGGGAAGCCACAAGGGACACAUCUUUGGCUCCAAAAUCAUUUUUGAAACUGUUAUCUUAUGACCUAUGAACAGCUUCAAUUAAAAGUCAAACCUUUCUGGAAAGGAAGUGAGAAUGGUUGAGUUUGCUGUAUACAAACAGGUGCUAAAACUGUUCCGAGCAAAGUUUUCAGAUUGUAAAGGUAGGUGCAUGCCUUCAUAAGUUAUUUCUAAAAAAAUUGAGCCUUACAGUAGGAGUGGGAUUUUUUUUUCAGAAUUGAG